CCGCGGCUCUCGGGCUCAGCGUUUCCUUGGCACUAAACAACAAGAUGGCGCCUUCAACAGAAAUGUCACCUACGUGAAUAUACGAGAAUGGACGACGAUUAUUUGGAGGCUUUUAGCGAUAUAGGACCGCCCGUUCGACUGGAACCUUGCGGAAACUGUGGACGAACUUUUAAUACAGAUACUCUGGCUCGUCACCAAAAGAUAUGCACCAAAUUGAAAAAACGUAAACAGUUUGACUCAAGUAAGAAAAGAACAGAGGGGAUUGUGGAUAUUUCUUUAUUGAAAUCUAAACCCAGUAACACAGCUCUUGAGCUAAAACCUAAGAGGAGCAACUGGAAGCAAAAGCAUGAAGAAUUUUUGGCAACUGUGCGUUCGGCGAGACAAGUCACUACAGCUGUAAAGAGAGGGGAACCAUUACCCCCACCCCCUCCACCCACAAUAAACCCUGAUUAUGUCCAAUGCCCACACUGCAGCCGAAGGUUUAAUGAGCAUGCGGCCGAAAGACACAUCUCCUUCUGCAAGGAACAGAAGAGUCGCAUUGGCAAAUCUCCUGGAUGUACAGCUGCAAGCAGGAUGGCUGCUAGAACCCAGUAUAAGCCUCCUCUUCCUGGAAAAAGGUUGUCAUCUGGGUCAUCACCUGCCUCUGCAAGCAAGACAAGGCAAAUUUCUGGUAAACCACAACCAGGCACAGCUGAAUACAAACCUUCCAACUAUGAUGAUGAUAUGCCGUUACCAACCAGCGACAAAAAGACAAAUACCAUGAGCCCAGCUGCCUUGCCCGGGCAUUCACGUAAAGCAGCAUCAGCAACUAAAGCAUCUGAGCUGAGCAGGACUACAGGCAGCAGAUCUAGACCAGCUGGGCAUGCAUCAUCAGCAGGGGCGAGCCGAACAAGAUACGCAACUGAUGAGUCGAAUGGCCUUGUUGGUCAGUAUUUGACCAAGCACAAGAGUAAGGAAAACUACCUGGAUUCCCUGGACUCGGACGAGGAGCCGCCGCAGAGGACAAGGGAUGUUAGACACAGUCGGCGGCCACGUGUGGACUCGGAAGAAGAUCUUUCAUCCCGGAAUAGAGAAGUCAAGCAUGGACGGCGCGCGGGCAGCGGCAAGUCACGUGACAGUCCUAAUGAUCUUAUUGCCGACACUGCUGACCAGUUACCCUCAGGCUCAACUAGAAAUGGACGGCGUCAUAUUGCUGUCAAAGAUCCAAGUCCGACUCUUUUUGACGACUUCGGACUCAACGACAAUGGUCAAGCUAAAAGCCCUUUCACUUCCCGGGCAACCGUCCAUCGCCCGGGCUCUAAAGAACAGAGACCGACGGCGAACGAACAGAGACCGACGGCUAACGACUGCAGUACGAAGAAGCUGCCAAAGUUUUGCCACGAGUGCGGGACUAAAUAUCCGGUUGCGAACGCGAAGUUUUGUUGCGAAUGCGGGAUGAAACGGUUGCAGAUUGGGUUCUGAAAUAAUGCUUUACCUGUAAUUAUGACUUAAAGCCGCAUUGUCACCAGUUUACUGGUCGAUUACCUAACAAUAUCCGAUGAUUUUAAACGGAAAACGCGAAAAAUGUUUCAAAAUAUUGAAAGCAGUGUGUUUAUUGGAAGUUUCUUUGAGGA